CGGGGCGGCGGAGCCGUGUGGAGUGGACGCUUUGCGUUCGGGGACUCUCUGUGGGCACCGGCGCCACGACCGGCACCGCCGCCGGCCCCGCGGCCGCCCCCGGCCCCGCGGCCGCCAUGGAGGCGCCGCCCGCGCCCCCCUCCGCGCCGCCCGCCCCCUGCAGCGCCGCGCGGAGCCUGCAGGACGAACUGACGUGCCCGGUGUGCCUGGAGUACUUCAACGACCCGGUGCUGGUGGCCGAGUGCGGGCACAACUUCUGCCGCGCCUGCGUGACCCAGUGCUGGGAGGACUCGGCGCGGCGUCUGUGCUGCCCGCAGUGCCGCGAGCCGGUGCCGCAGCGACUCUUCCGCCCCAACCGCUCCCUCGGCAACAUCGUGCACAUCGUCCGCCAGCUGGGGCUGCCGCCGGGCCCCGCUGAGCCGCCGCCGGGGCCGCCGGCGCCGCCGCUGCCCGCCGCCCCGUCCGGGCCGCCGGGCCCGCCGCGCUGCCCGCGGCACGGGGAGCCGCUGCGGCUGUACUGCGUGCAGGACCGGCGGGCCGUGUGUGUGGUGUGUCACCUGUCCCGAGAGCACCGAGCCCACACGGUGCUGCCCGCCGAGGAGGCGGCCCACGCCGCAGAGGAGGUGCCCCAGGAGCACCUGAGCUCCCUGAGGAAAGGGCGUGAGGAGGCCAAGGCUGAGCGGGAGAGGCAGAGCGAGGAGCUGCUGAAGCAGACGGAGGUGGAGAGGCAGAAGAUCGUGGCUGAGUGCAAGGAGCUGCGGGCGUUCCUGGAGGAGAAGGAGCAGCUGCUGCUCUCCAGGCUGGAGGAGCUGGAGAGGGACAUCGGGCGCCGCAGGGAUGAGAGCGUGGCCCGGCUGGCCGAGGAUAUUGCACAGCUGGACAAGCUCCUGGCAGAGCAGGGCAGGGACAGUGGCACGGGGAGCACACCUGGCGAGGGCGUUGUCCCGGCUGGCAGCAGCCUGGAGAGCUGGAUGUUCCUCAAGCCUGAACCCGGCUUUUCCGAGCUGGAGAAGAAGCUGAAGAGUUUUUCCCAGAAGAGCGCGGUGCUCAAGGAAGUGCUGCUGGAAUUUAAGGAAAAUCUGCGCUUUGAGCUGGAGAACGACACAGGUGAGCUCUCCCUGGACCCCGACACGGCCAACCCCUACCUGGUGCUGUCGGAGGACAAGCGCAGUGUGCGCCUGCGCGGGGCCCCCCAGGAGCUGCCGGCGCACCCCAAGCGCUUCGACUACGCCUUCUGCGUCCUGGCCUCCGAGGGCUUCUCCGCCGGCCGCCACUACUGGGAGGUGGAGGUGGGCGACGGGGAGAGCUGGGUGCUGGGCGCCGCCCGCGAGUCCGUGCGCCGCAAGGAGAAGGUCGACUUCGCCCCCGAGGAGGGCAUCUGGGCGGUGGGGCUCAAUUGGAAGGGCAAGAAUUGGGAUCAGUACCAGGCGUUCACCUCUCCCGAGACGCCGCUGUCGCUGUGCGAGCGGCCGCGCAAGAUCGGGGUGUACCUGGACUACGAGGGAGGGUGGGUGGCGUUCUACAACGCCGACAACAUGGCUCCCAUCUUCACCUUCACCGCCGCCUUCUCCGAGAGGAUCUUCCCAUUCUUCUGGCUCUUCUAUGUGGGCUCCUCGCUGUCCCUCUGCAACUGAGCCCCCGCCCCGCUCGCUGGUGGUGUUCCCCUCCUCUCUCUUCCCCUUGCCAUCCUUAGGUUUUCAUUUGCUUCUGAGCAAAACACCCCAAAUCCCACCCUUGGAUUUUUUUUUUUCCUGUUGCAGUUCAAAGUUUUUGAGUCUUUUUACCCUCAGAAAUCUUCCUCAGGGGCGUUGGUUGGUGAGGGGGCUACUUCAGCACCCCCUCCCCAUUGCUGGUUAAACACCCCCUGCAGAGUUCAUUUUGUGUUCUUUCUUUGGAGUUGGAGCCUUCUCUGAGAGGAUCUUCAGGUUCUUCUGGCUCUUCUACGUGGGCUCCUUGCUGUCCCUCUGCAACUGAGCCCCCGCCCCACUCGCUGGUGGUGUCCGUCCCUCUCUCUCCCCCUUGCCAUCCUUAGGUUUUCCUUUGCUUCCCAAAUCUCACCCUUGGCUGUUCAGGGGGGAUUUUUUGUUUUUCCUGUUGCAGUUCAAAGUUUUUGAGACUUUUUACCCUCAAAAAUCUUCCUCAGGGGUGUUGGUUGGUGAGGGGGUGGGCUACUUGAGCACCCCGUCCCCGUUGCUGGUUAAACACCCCCUGUAGAGUUCAUUUUGUGUUUUGUUGCUGGUUAAACACCCCUGUAGAGUUCAUUUUGUGGUUUUUUUUCUUUGGAGUUGGAGCCCCGUGGAACAGGGAGAGGCUGAUCCCAUCUUACUUCGAAUAGUAGCCAAAGCUUUGUGUCCCCCCCUCACCCCUAAAAUGCCGUGUGAGAGGAGGGGUCUCGUAUCCACCCCCCCUUCCCCAGUUUGGGCACCGUUGCUUUGCAGGUCAUUUUCACCCAUCCCAUCCUGACUCAUCCCAUCCUCCCUGGGGAAAGGGCCAGGCCUGUCCUGCUGUCGCUGAGUGACUCCCUCUCUCCUCUACUGUCCCCCCCUUCUCGUGUCCCCAUCUCCCCAUUGCCCCCCAUUUCCCCCCAUGUCCCUUUUUUCCUCCUCAUCUCUGCCACUGUACCCCCUCAUUCCAUCUCCCUUUCUCUCCCCCUAAAUUCUGAGCCCCUGGAGUGCCAGGAUCCCAGCAAUGGGAUUGGGAUGUUUAAGGUCACCCCAAAGCUGGGCUGGGGGGGGCUUGGGGAGGGGGUUCUGUGUUCCAGGUGUGAUCUUACCCGCUCCCCUCGUGCCCUUCCCAGUGCUGCUGUUCGUGUCCUUUGCCCUGUCACUGUUAGUGGGGAAAUAAAAGUUGCUGUGCAAAACAAAAAAACAA